AUGCCGAGCUGGGGCAGGAAAGAAAGCUAUGAAGCCUCUUCGAGAGAGCAGAAGCAGAUCCUCGCUGAUAUCGAGUCGGGAUCUCAGAAGUUUAGCAGACGGCUACUACCACCAAGAACGAUAAGCAACAAGAGAGGUGGACUUGUAGAACCCUUUGCACCCGUGCCCACAACUGGCGAAGCAAGCCAGCAAGAAGAGCGUCGAGGUCGAAAAUCAUCGAGCUCAUUCCGACCGGGACUUCCCAAGCGAACGAGCAGUAUGAAGAGAGCGUACAACUACUUCUUCGGCGGACCGGCACCGGUACCUGCAACAGCUGAACCAGCGACACCAGCGGUGACAACGGACGCGACACCUCCCAGCAAGGUCGAGUCGAAUCAGCAGGACAAUGGUGUCGACACCCCACCAGAGACACCGCGCGAGGCGCCCACACGGUUAAGUGAAGAUGAAGCAGCCCCUCCUCACUAUCCGCUCUCCCUUCACUCGCGGGCGUCUCCACUGCACCACGCACCAGCUCACCACUUACUAACGCACCCCUCCUCAGCAGCAGACUCCCCCUCCCCUCCCUCACCACACGCUUCCGACAGCUUCGAGACGCAAAUCGAGAAGCUCAAGAAGAAGCUCAAGCACGCCGAAGCCGAGCUCGAUGAAGCACAACGCGUCGCCGCCACCCAAGAUGAGCACGUACGCACUCUCGAGGACGACCACGAGGAGCGCAAGAAGGAAUUCGAGGCCCGCGAGGCAUCGCUGCAGCAGGAUAAGAAGGACCUUGAGGAGCACAUGGUCAGCGUCGUUGUCCAGCAGGUACGCGAGGCCAAGGCCAAGGAGAGGAAUACCGUCCGCGACGAGUGCGAGGCCGAGUUCAACGAGAAGAUGGCCGACGUCAACAAGGAGGCCGAGAGCCUUCGUGCUACCGUCGCCGACCUCGAGAAGCAGAUUGCCUCGUACAAGGACGAGGUUGAGAAACUCAAGGGCAUGAUUGACAGCCACCAGUCCGCCUGCGCCGAGUCGGUUGACAGGUCGGAAGUCGAGGCCAAAGAGACUGAACUCGCCAGCGCCAAGUCGCAGUUGGAGGAGCUCACUGUCGAGAAGAGCAAGACUGAGAAGGAUCUUGCCGAGGCCCUUGCAACGAUUGAGGAGCUGAAGGCCCAGACUGUCGCCAAGGACGAGCUCGACACUCUCGCAGCUGACCGCGACGCGCAAAAGACCAAGGUCGAGGAGCUCGCUGCUGAGGUUGCCGUCCUCAAGACGCAGCUUUCCGACCUCGAGGACCUCAAGGCGAAGCACGCCGAGCUCGAGGCCGCUCACAGCAAGCUCUCCGACGAGCUCGCUUCCCGCGGUACCCAGGAUGCCGACGCUGACAAGGCGUCGAAGGAGGAGGCCGAUGGACUUCGCAACACCAUUGCCGAGCUCCAGGCUUCUCUCAAGGAGGCGAAAGACACUCUCGACCAGAAGGCUUCUGAGCUCGAUGCUAAGACCAAGGAACACGCUGCCGCCGCUGACCAAGUCACGUCUCUCACCGAGUCGUCCAAGGGUGAGGUUGAGAGCCUGAAGACCGAGAUGGCCGAACUGCAGGAGAAGCUGAAGACCGCCGACUUGUCCAAGGGCGAUGCCGAUGAGCUUGCUCAGAAGGUUUCCUCUCUCGAGAAGUCGCUGAAGGAGGCACAAGACAACCUUGCAGCGAAGACAUCCGAGCUCGAGGCUUCUUCAUCCUCUCUCGCAUCCGAGAGGGAUUCCGCCGUCAAGGCUGCUGAGGAGGCCAAGAGCAACGUUGAUGCUCUUACUACCAAGAUCUCCGAACUCGAAGCUUCCCUCAAGGAGUCGCAAGACAACCUUUCUGCCAAGGAUGCUGAGCUCGAGACCGCAAAGGGUGAUGCGUCCAAGGCCAUUGGUUCCGCAAAGGACGAGGUCGCUGGUCUUCAGAGUACCGUUAGCAAGCUUGAGGCUGAGAUCGAGUCCGCCAAGGGCUCUUCCGACGAGCAAACCACCGCUGCCAAGAAGGAGGCUGCAGAGCUUCGCGAGACCGUUGAGAAGCUUGAGGCCGAGUUGAAGGCUGCCAAGGACGAGUCUAGCAAGGCUUCAGAGGCUUCCAACUCUAGGGUCACCGAGCUCGAGGCUUCGCUCAAGGAGGCUCACGACAGUCUUGCCGCUAAGGAGUCCGAGGUUGCCGCCGCGAAAGAGGAAGCCAGCAAAGCUGUCGAGUUAGCCAAGGGUGAUGCUGAGGGUCUUCAGAAGACCAUCGCUGACCUCGAGGCAUCGCUUAAGGAGGCCAAGGACAGCCUAUCGACCAAGGAAUCCGAACUCGAGGCUGCCAAGGGCGAAACCACCAAGGCUACUGAGUCAUCCAGCACAAAGAUUUCGGAGUUGGAGACUAGCCUGAAGCAAGCACAGGACGACCUCACCGCCCACAAGGCUGAGUUAGAGACAGCGAAGAGCGAAGGCUCCAAGGCCGCUGAACUCGAAGCCUCUCUCAAGGAGGCAAAGGACAGUCUUGCAUCCAAGGAGUCUGAGUUGGAAGCCGCCAAGGCGGAAGUCAGCAAGUCUACCGAGUCGUCUAGCUCCAAGAUCUCAGAAUUGGAGGCCUCCCUCAAGUCAGCUCAAGAGAGCUUAGCUGCGAAGGAGUCCGAACUCAAGACCAAGUCUGCCGAUGCUGGCAAGGUCGCCGAGCUUGAGAAGGAACUCGCCUCUGCGAAGUCAGAACUCGAGGCCGCUACCAAGGACUCCGAAUCGUCGAAGCAGAAGAUCAGCGAACUCGAGGCCUCGGCCAAGGGUGGUGCUGAUGAGUCUGCUGCCAAGAUUGCGGAGCUCGAGGCAUCGCUCAAGGAGGCUACGAGCAAGCUCGAGGCGAAGGAAGCUGAACACUCCGAGUCCCUCAAGACUGCUCAGUCAUCAAGCGACGACAAGGUUGCUGCCCUGGAGAAGGAGCUCGCCGAUGCUAAGGCUGAAGCUAGCAAGGUUGCCGACCUCGAGGCAUCUCUCAAGGACGUCACCAGCAAGCUUGAGGCCAAGGAGGCUGAGCACGCUGACUCCAUCAAGGCUGCUCAGUCAUCUGGAGAUGAGAAGGUUGCCUCUUUGGAGAAGGAGCUUGAGGAGACCAAGAAGGCCAAGGACACUGUAGAGGAAGAACUCAAGGCGUCUAAGCAGGCCGAGGCUGAUGCGAAGGAAGGUGCUGCUAAGGCCUCUUCCGUCGAGUCUGAACUCGCUGACCUCAAGGCAUCCGCUGAAAAGUCGACUGCUGAGAAGAGCGAGCUCGAGGAGAAGAUCAAGGCCAACGAUGCUAAGAUCGCUGAACUCGAGUCUACCGUCGAGGCCGCCAAGGCGAAGGAAUCUGAGCUCACCGCACUUCAGACUAAGCUGGACGAGGCUACCGCUGCAUCCGAGACUGCUACCAAAGACCUCGAGGCAUCCAAGACCGAAGCUGCCGACGCUAAGAAGUCCCUCGAGUCCCUCCAGGCUACUUUGAAGGAGCACGAAGAGAAGACCAGCGCCCUGACAUCCGAUGUCGAGACUGUAAAGAAGGAGCGCGACGAGAUCAAGACUGAGCUUGCCAGUGCUCAGGAGCAACUCGAGAAGGCGAAGGCUGAGCAAGAGGAGCUUAAGAAGGUCAACGCCGAGGCUCCCGCAAAGGCUGAGUCAAAGGAAUCUGACAAGGUCGCUGUUGAGCCCGCUGCCGAGCAAGUCGCUGCUGAGCCAGUACCCGAGAAGGCCGCUGCUGAGCCAGUCGCUGAAGUCAAGGAGCCAGAGGCCACUGCCGACGCCCCUGCUACUGAUGGCGCUGCUGAGACUGAGGAACCUGAGACACCUACCACACCCACUACACCUGGCAACAAUGCUGAUGAAGAGGAGGGCGAGGCUAACGGCGAGUCGACACCCAGUGCCUCAAAGAACAAGAAGAAGAACAAGAAGAAGGGCAAGAAAUAA